CGUAUCAUCAAAAGUAUGCUGCGUCUCCAGAAAAAAAAAGAAAAAAAAAGGGUCUGUCAUUUAUGGAGAUAAACGGGCAAAAAUCCUCAACUUGUCCGGUGGCCGGCACUAGCCCUAGUUGAUGGUAUAAAUAGUGCCUAUCCACGACUGUGAGGUUGUCAGGGCGCAGAAAGUUGACACUCAUCUGAUCUUUUUCAGCAUUUGUCUUCUUGGACUCGCUGCCUUUGUUCUCGAUCUUUGGUCACCACACGCCAAGACUACUUCUACGUUGGCUACCAAGUUCACUGACUUUGCAGGGGUUUAGCACUGCCUGCUAUUACAAGUCCGCACACUCCACAUCUUAGACUAGUUUCUAGUGUGUCUAGCGACGUUAUUUUGCAAACGACCCGUCUAUCAGAAGCCGCUCGUCUCAACCCAGAAAAAAAACAAGUGUUGUGAGACAUCGUCAAAUACCCUCCUUAUAUCCCUUCACUAUCACAUCACCAGAAAUGGCGCCAUCCGCUAUUUACGAGGACGCUCCCGUCAGGGACGGCGCAGCUCUGGAAGAAAUUUCGGACAAGAUCGAUGCUGUCAACGUCCUCAAGGCCAAGCAGGCCGGCGCACCCGUGCCAGAGGAGCAGGUCUUUGACAGCAAGUCCAAGUUCGACGAGGAGAAGGACAAGGCUGGAUUCCGACAGUACGAGGAUGCUUGCGACCGGGUCAAGAACUUUUACCUGGAGCAGCACGAGAAGCAGACGGUGGCAUACAAUCUGAAGGCGCGGGCUCGUUUCAACUCGGCCUCGCGUAAGCGCAUGGAGAUGACGGUCUGGGAGGCCAUGGAGAAACUCAACACUCUCAUCGACGAGUCAGACCCGGAUACCUCGCUGUCGCAGAUUCAGCACCUGCUGCAGUCGGCCGAGGCAAUCCGCCGUGACGGCAAGCCCCGCUGGAUGCAGCUGACGGGCCUGAUCCACGACCUGGGCAAGCUUCUCUUCUUUGACGGCGCCGAGGGCCAGUGGGAUGUUGUCGGCGACACGUUCCCCGUCGGCUGCGCCUUUGACGAGCGCAUCAUCUACCCUGGCACCUUUGCCAAAAACCCAGACAAGGACCACCCGGUCUAUGGCACCAAGCUGGGCAUCUACGAGGAAGGUUGCGGCUUGGACAACAUCAUGCUGUCGUGGGGCCACGACGAGUACCUCUACCACGUCGUCAAGGACCAGAGCACACUUCCCGACGAAGCCCUUGCCAUGAUUCGCUACCAUUCCUUCUACCCCUGGCACAAGGAGAACGCAUACCGCCAAUUCAUGUGCGAAAAGGACCACGCCAUGCUCGAGGCUGUCAGGGCCUUUAACCCAUACGAUCUUUACAGCAAGAGCGACGACGUACCCAGCGUUGAGGAGCUAAAGCCUUACUACCUUGAGCUCAUUGACGAGUAUUUCCCCAACAAAGUCGUCAAGUGGUAGACGGCAAAAAUUAUUUAUCAUGGGUCCCAGUCCCACCAGGGGUUCCUUUGUUUACUUUCCAUGUUUGAUUCUAGGUGUUUCCUCUUGCUCUUUCACAUGAUAUAGUACCCAUCAUAGAACGAGGCAUACUAGCAUGCUGCCCCUGUGUCGCUAAAGUUUUAGGCUUAGACCUUUUUUUUGUUUUAGGGGCGAAAAAGUCACAGUCAUCUGUAGCGUUUUGCG